CUUUGAUGGAACACCCUACUGGCCUUUCCAAAGUCAAUUCUCUCCAAGGCUCUCUGUGCUGCGAUUUUCACUCCAAUUUUGAGCUGGCCACUAGUUUUGGGAAUUAGUGAUAAUGCUGUGUGGAAUCUCGGGAGAAGCUCCCCAGGAGCCCGUCGCAUCGAGAAAGUCGGGGGUCGUGUUUGAAAAACGCCUCAUCGAGAAGUACAUCGAGGAAAAUGGCACCGAGCCCGGCACUGGCGAGGCCCUGACCACCGAAGACCUCCUCCCUCUGACACAGUCGCACAUCGUCCGACCUCGGCCCCCGACCCUCACCUCCAUCCCCGCCCUGCUAGCGACUUUCCAGAACGAAUGGGACGCGCUGGCGCUCGAGACAUAUAACCUGAAGGAGCAGCUGGCCCGGACACGCGAGGAGCUGGCGACAGCGCUGUACCAGCACGACGCUGCCGUCCGCGUCAUCGCCAGGCUGACGAAGGAGAGGAACGAGGCUCGAGAGGCGCUAUCGAAGGUCACUGUCACAGGGGCGGCAGCCAAUGGGGAUGAGAUGGCCAUCGACUCGACCGAGACACUGCCGGCAGAGCUCGUCGAAAGGGUCGAGGCGAAACACCAGGAGUUGACGAAAACGCGCAAGAAGCGCCCGAUCCCCGAAGGCUGGGCCACGUCGGACGACGUCGCCGCCCUCCAGACCACGGCGUCAACCGCCCUCCCGGUGCCCAACGCGUCUUGCCUUGCCCUCGAAGGAGGCUACGCCGCCGUUGGUGGGCCCGAAGGAAAUGCGGCCGUAUAUUCCGUCGAGGCCGACAAGUUGGAGCGGGAGGUGGCGGUGAACGCACCCAUCACGGACGCGAUAUGGACGAGCAGCAGACUCGUCUUCGCCACCACGCAAGGGAACGUCAAGAUCUUCGAGAACGGUAGCGAGGUCGCGUCGGUUUCGGAGAAUGCUGGUGCCGUCACUUCUCUUGCCCUGCACCCGCUGGGUGACCUGCUUGCGUUUGUCGGCGUUGACAAGAGCAUCGUGUUCUACGACCUUGACACGCUGAAGCGCCUUAGCCGCACAUACUGCGAUGCCGCACUGACGACUUGCGCCUUCCACCCCGACGGACACAUUUUCGCCGCAGGCACUACGACGGGCGAAGUCCGGCUCUUCAUGACAGCCACGCUGGAACCCGCGACGUCGUUCUCGCUGGGCGCACCGAUCCAGGCGAUCACCUUCUCCGAGAACGGCUUCUGGCUGGCGGCGACGGCCAAGGGGCAGACGACGGUGACGAUCUUCGAUCUGCGCAAGGAGGGCGACGCGGCCAGGGCCAAGGUGCUGGAGACGGGCGGGUCGGUGCAGUCGCUGGCAUGGGACUACACGGGCCAGUUCCUGGCGACGGCGGGGGCGAGCGGGAUCACGGUGCAGCAGUACACCAAGAGCUCCAAGUCGUGGUCGGAGCCGUUCCGGAGUGCGGUGUCGGCGGUGGCGGUCAGAUGGGGCGACAAGGCGAGACAGCUGGUGGCUGUCAACGGCGAGGGGUCGGUGUCGGUCCUGGGCGUCAAGUCAGAGUAGGGGGGUUUGGCCUAGUUGUGCCGUGGUCAUUUCUUUUGAGAUUAUAACGACUAGGCAGACUUGGCAAAGUGAGGGCGGUCUUUGCAAUAUGAGAGAGGGAGUUGCUUAGUUGAAGGCGUUUUGGGAUUUGAUUGGGAUAGUGGUUCCCCUGACCGACGUGCCCGUGCCUUGUAUCAUUACAUAGACCAUGCGCAAGGUGGUGGAUGCCUGAUCUUGAGAUUGACGUUGUUGGCGGAGACCCAAGUUGGGCGUCACUGUAUGGUAUGUACUCGUCGAAAGCCUUCCCUUCGGAGCUGCGGCAGCCGAGCCG